GCGAACAGAUGUGAACCGGACUACGAAAAGAGAACAAGCUGUAGUACAGACGGAGAACCUCUGAUUCUGCUAAUAUGUGGCAACCCGCGUCGGAGCGAUUGCAGCACUUUCAGACCAUGCUGAAGACCAAGCUAAAUGUGCUGACGCUGAGGAAGGAACCGUUGCCCACGGUGAUCUUUCACGAGCCUGAGGCCAUUGAGCUUUGCUCCACCACACCGCUUACAAAGAGCAGGACCCAUGCUGGAUACAAGGUGACCUACCUGGGUAAGGUGACUAUCUCUGGGACCCAGUUCCUGUCUGGUUGCACAGAGUCAGCAGUGGUAGGUCUAGUGGAACGUCGUGCCCAGCAGCAGGGCACCUACCCUCCAGGCAACUCUCUGCUAGAGAUUCGGCCCUUCCAGGUGCGCCUUCACCACCUGGACGAGCACGGCGAGGCCUCAGUAACCAUGGACACCUACCAGGUGGCGCGGAUCGCCUACUGCACAGCUGACCAUAGCAUCAGACCCAACGUAUUUGCCUGGAUCUACAGGGAGAUCAAUGAUGACCUGUCCUUCCAGAUGGACUGCCACGCAGUGGAGUGUGAGAGCAAGCUGGAAGCCAAGAAGCUGGCACACUCGAUGAUGGAGGCAUUCCGCAAGACUUUCCACAGCAUGCGCAGCGACGGCCGCAUCCACAAGAGUGGCUCAUCGGACGACUUUGCAGAGGACUCAUCCACCCCUGAAGACUCAACCCCAGAUGACGGUUGAACUGACACUCACCUAAGCUCCUGAUCCCCAUCCUAACAAAGCGAGGGAUGGCUGGAAGGAUGGACAGAUUACCUGCUUUCUCUCAUUCUCCCCUACAAUCUCUCUUUUCUGUUAUCAAUUUGGAACAAAAUUAACUGACCCUGUGAACCAACACACCCAGGAUAAUGAAGUAACUUUUAAAUACUGUAAAGGGAUGGUAGAUGGAAAAGACCUACACUUAUAUACAGGGAUAGCAAAGUGCUGCCACUUUGAGUAAAUGGCCCUGAAAGACCCACACGGGCCUUUUAAGCACCUCUGUAAACACCCUCAAGAGAUUGACUCAACAUUUCCAUUUUCAACCACUGUUACUCCUGCACCGAGCAGAAACACUGUUUGUGGUUCUUAAGCUUUUUCAUCUAAGAAACAACAAAGUUUAGUCCCUGUUCUUCUGACCCCAGCUUAUGAAAAUCUAUUGCUACUCUUGCCAUGUAGGGACCCAGCAGAAAUAGGCCUGUGACCUAUUUUGGAUUCCAGCCCAGAGUUUAUGAGACUGUUGGAGCACAUAAAUUCUUUAAAUGUUUAAUUAUGUGGAUCUCUGUUACAAUGCCUUCGACCUUGAUAAUAGCAAAUGAGGAUGUGAAAGAAAAGCCCAGCCUUUAAGCACUACUCAUAUCAUCACUACAGUACCUUAGUCCAACCCCAAAAUUCUUUGCCGGCAUGGCUGUUACUCAUGUGGACGAUGGAGCUAGAGCUUCUACCUCUGUCUCUGUUUAAUAGGUACUUAAAGAUCCUGAGUAUGUUAAAGGCACCUGGGAGAAUAAAGGUGCUAAAUGAUGUUACAUUUUAGAAAUUCUCUCUAGGCUGAAAGCCUGGGCCUGUCUCAGACACCUUAAUCAUCCACAUCUGACUUCUGUUUUGAGUAUACCAAAAUUCAGGCUGGAUUUUGCCUGUCAGAUUAUGUGCCUCACUUUCCUCUCACAUUAGUUUGGUCUCUCACCUAGGUCCCAGAGUGUGUGUGUGUGUGUGUGUGUGUGUGUGUGUGUGUGUGUGUGUGUGUGUGUGUGUGUGUGCCUGUGUGUGUGUGUGUGUGUAGGUGUAAUUGCUUACUUCUGUACUUUGUAUAUAUGAAUGUACACGUGAGUGCUUGCAUCUCUGUGUGUGAAAGAGAAAAGGAAGAUUAGAGGGAGGGAAUACUUCUCAUCGCCCCGGAAGCAUCCAUUUUUGAUGCUUAAGGGAGGUGUUUUAAAAUCAGACAUGGUACUGUGACCAUUUGCCACGUUUUCUUACUUUAAUCUCGUAUGAAAUGAAAGCAUGAGUAUGAGAGUCUGAAUGUGCCAGUCACUGAGGUUGUAGGACCCUUAAAUCACAGCCGUCCAAGAAAACGACUGGCACCUCCUGGCCUCUGCUGAAUGUACGAUGAGUCCGACGUGCUGUGAGCAUCUCACACCAUCUCUAGUCACUUCAGUCUCCGAUAAUCCCCUCAUGCUCUCACAGACAGCUGUACGGGAGCGAGCCGGUGACGAGUUAGCUCUGCUGCCCUGCAUUGCCUCACCGAGCGACUGAGGCAUCAUUGUGGGUAAAAAAACUCACCAGAGCUCCACGUUACUUUCUUCUUUUCUAACUAGACUGUGUUGAACAGAUUGGACGCUGUCAGUGGAAAAGGUCUUUGGUCAGUGACUCAAACAGAAUGAUCAGAUGGCUCUGAUCAGCACACACUCUCACAUAUACGCACCUACAUACGACUAUACAUAUGUACACACACAUUGUAUUUGAAUCUCGCUCAAUAAGCUUAUGUAAAUACAAAUGUAUCACUUUCCAAAUAUUACAGCAUAAAUGUUGAUAGCUAUUUUAAAUAAUAAAAAAAAAAAGUUGAGAA